AUUAUUGUGAAGUGAAUAAACUAAAUACAAGAGUAAAAAUGUCGUCUCUACCAUUGAUCUUGAGCUUGGCUGAUGAUUUGAGCCGCUUAACGCCAUUCUACGAACCGGUGUUCUACACUCAGUGGCCUGCAAUCACAACUUCUCAAAGUGGUCGUUUGCGCAAAUUGGAUAAAGAUUUACCACUAGCCACUAUUGGAAAAGAUGGCUUCCAAGCCAGUAUGGAUGUACAGCAGUUCAAGCCCAGUGAGUUGACUGUGAAAGUGGUUGAUGAUCACAUCGUGGUCGAGGGUAAACACGAGGAGCGUGAAGAUGAUCAUGGUUACAUCGCACGUCACUUUGUUCGUCGCUAUGCUUUGCCAAAAGGAUUCGAGGCCGAUAAAGUGGUUUCCACGUUGUCUUCGGAUGGUGUCUUAACUGUACAUGCGCCGAAGCCAGCCAUCGAGGAUAAGUCCAACGAGCGUGUGAUCCAAAUUCAACAAACUGGACCAGCACAUUUGAAUGUGAAGGAGAAUCCCAAAGAAACUACACAAGAAGAGAAGCCAAAGGCUUAAAAGUGAAGCAUUGAUAACUAAUUCACUCACUAUUUUCAUAUUUCACACGAUUUUGUGUUCAGUAUUUAUAAGUGUUAAUUAAUUCCUAGGAGAAGAAAAGUCUGUCAAAAAUUUAAUUUUGAAAAUAAAUUAUUAUUCAAAGCAAAAAAA